AUGGAGACAGCUGGGUUGAUCGUUGGUGUUGUUUCCUUUGGACUCCAAUUAGCCACGACCCUGCAAACCUACGUCGAAGUCGUCGCCGGCGCCGCAGACCGUAUAGAAGCCCUCACCGCCGACGUGGGCUCGACGGCUUCCGCGCUCAAACAGCUCCAGGACAUACUCGACGCCGACAAGGCCGCCGAGGAAGCGGCGCGUGCUGCCGUCACCGUGUUCAAAGAGCAAGGCCGGCGCGACAUUGAAUCCCUGGCAUUCCGGUGCGAGAAGACGUACAGGGCCAUUAUUCACGUCAUCGUGAGCGCCACCGCGCCGCCUUCGGAACGGCGCAGGAUCAUCGUUGCCAAGCUGGGCAUCAGCGACAUCACCUUUGCGCGGCUCGCCGAGUUGGGUCGGAACCUGAAGUGGCCCUGGGUCGAGCCUCGGGUGAAGGCGUGUCAGGAGGAACUGCGGUGGCUGCGUAUGAGCCUGGUGCUGCACCUGCAGAUAGGAACCCUGGCGCGAUACCAGCUGGGGGUAGCAAACGCGUCUUCAUCAGGCAGCGAGAAAGAGCGCAUUGCGCUCACGCGCAUGGCGGAACGCCUGCAGGCGCGAAGGUCGGAGUAUAGCAGGGAGAGACGGCGCAGCCGCUAUCCUAACCCCGGGCGCCGAGCAUCGACCGAGACUCCAGCGGAGAGACCGAGGUCUGAGCCGAAUGAAUCCAUAAAGCUACAACAAGCAUCGGGUCAAACUCAGGACACGGGCCCAGCUGAGGACGGGAUCAUGCCGGCGAACGACCAAGGCGACGAGAGAGAACGCGCAGACCAAGAUAAGAGGGAAGAAGAGGGCCAGGGUCAGCAUACUAUGGAAGAAGAGGGCCCUACUCAAAAUAGUGCGGAAGCAGCUAAACCGGCUCAACCGGUUACAAACGCUUCGUCCUCUUCACCAACACUCUACGGCGGACGACCCUCAACAGACGAGCAUCAAGAACCCCGAAAGCUGUCGGACAGGCUCCUCCGCCGUCUUCCCAUCCAGAUCCACAAACUAUUCGACCGCCACGGCGCAAUCUGGAGAGCCCUGGUCCUCGAACAUGACGACCAAGCCGUCGAGCUCGAGGCCUACCUCGCGAUAGGGGUGUGGCGAAGGCUAGAGACGGAGACGGAGUCGGAGUGGGAGCUGGAGCUGGAGCUGGCAAGGGCCCCGACGAAACUACCUUUCACUCGCCACGUCCUCGUCGAUGAACUGCAGCGGCUCCAUCGGAGGCGGGGAAACAAGUCCGCGUGGGACGAAUACAUGGCGCAAGGCUCGCAAGGCCGCAGAGUUGUGAAGCACGUCAUCUCGACGACCGUGCGACUGGAUGGGCGGAAGAGGACCUGUGUCGGUUUGGAGACGCGCAGUCAUCCCGCCUUCCCCCGACAGGCGAGCCUGCUUGUCUUCCUCGCCGUCGCGGGAAGCGCAGACAGUCUCGACAUUGGCGGCUUUUGGCUGCAGGAUACCGGAGAGCACAUAACCGCUCUGCCGUGGGACGUCCCCGAUGUCAGAAAGCGAGUAGACCGAGGCGAGUUUUACUUCCAACUAGCAACGGGGACCUUUAUCGCAGAGGCCAGCUGGCCGACCCUUGUCCGGCCGGGGGCGUCCCUGAGGAUGGUGCUCUUGGGCGACUAUCCAUACGGCUCCAAGAAGUAG